AUGGAAGAUAUUAAACCCUUGACCAACACUGCGAAAACAAAACUACAACAAGCAUCGGUCUUGUGGGCGGAAGGUUUCAGAGAAUCAUGUUGCCUUCACAGAGUUGUCAUUCUUUGCUGCAGGUCGAGAAAACUUUCGAUAAGAACUGGACAGUGUUUUCUUUUAAAUGGCUUCAUUUUCUUAGGAAGUUUGUUUUUCCUAAACUCGGUUGUUAUCCCAAUACUACACUGGAUAUUGCCCGAUCAAAGGUCUCUGAUCAGUUGCGAAGAAAUACCUGCCUUUGAUGGUGUCUUCAAAUUGUAUGCCUUCUUGCGUGGUUUUCUCAUUCAAUUAUUUUAUGUGUUUUGGUUCUAUCCGUUGUAUGUCUUCAGCCAUAUUCUGAGCAAUCUCUGGUACAACGAUAUUGCUAGGCAUGGUUUUUCGGCAAUGGGAAGAUCCGGGCCUUCUGUAACGGAAUCCUCGAAAAUCGAUGCAUUGACCUUGAACAACAAAGUGAAUGCAACCGGACCUGCUGGCCUCAGACGGGUCAUGAUUGGUAUCGGAGAGCAAGUAUAUUCCUUGCUUCUUUUGGGUUUCUUUUUCUUAGAGAAUUUAGUUUCCGCUUUCCCGAAUGUUUCGAUGUCUCGCAGUCUCGGUGUGCAUGUCUUUCAGUUUGUUCUUAGUGCAACCGGCAUGAUAAGAUAG